UAGUCAAUACGCUCAAAUGUCGCGGGGUACCAACGAAAUUGCAGACGACAGUGAACAUUUUGGGGAAAAUGGCGACGUUCAAGAAAAAGCAAUUUCGUCGACGAAAGGAAUCCUCCUCAGAAGACGAAGAGGCAGAAGAAACCGAAGAAGUCAGAGCCAUAUUGGAGGAGACAAGAGAAGCACAAAAAUUCAGACAACGCCAACAUGGUGUCAGUUCGGCCAGCCUUGCAAUUGGGAAAAAAUUCAGCAAAGAAGAGGAGAUUGACAAUGAUCCCUUCAAGCUUCGGACCGGGGGAAUGAUCUCUCUAAAAGAGAUUAAAGACAGAAAUCGUGACAGAUCAGAUGAAGAUUCACGAGAUGUUCUGAACAUGGAGAACACGUUCGCAGCGGAGACCAACAGGCGGGAUGAAGAUGCCGAAAUGAUGAAGUACAUCGAAAUUGAGCUUGCCAAGAAGAAAGGGCGAGGCGGCGAUGAUGAAUCUGAUGAAGGAAAAAAGAAAGGGGAAAAAUUGAAGACUGCAGAGGAUAAGCUGUAUGAGUUGCCGGACCAUCUGAAAGUUGAAUCCAAGAAGAAAUCCGAGGAAAUGCUGUCCAAUCAAAUGCUGUCGGGAAUACCGGAGGUGGAUUUGGGAAUCGACUCCAAGAUUGCCAAUAUCGAAGCGACAGAAGAUGCCAAGCAGCAGCACAUUGAGGAGAGGAGAAGCAAGAAGAAAGACGUCACCUCCUUCGUGCCCACCAACAUGGCCGUCAACUACGUCCAGCAUGCUAGAUACAUGCACGAGGAGUUGAACCCGCCCAAGCAGAGAGUUGUCAAGGUGGAGGAACCUAAGCCCCGACCAGUGGUCGUUGGAGAUGCCGAUGGACCAGUGCAAACAACCCAGUCACCACCCAGAAAGCUGAAGAGGAACAACCUGGAGAAAGCCACAGAUGAUUACCACUACGAACGCUUCAAGAAGCAGCUCAGGAGAUACUGAAGGUGAUCAGUGUGUUGGUCGGUUGAUCUGUCUGUCUGUCCGUUGCCGUUUGAACACGACUAUAUAUUUGAACAUGACUGUUGUGUACUGCCAAGCCUGGACUUCACAUAUGGCAGUUGGCAAUUGGGGCACAUAAUUUUAUUUUAAUCACUGUAUAGAAACAACUGUAUAGCCCCAACUUCAGGCAGUUUCAUCUCGAGCGACUUGUUUGACGGAUCGCGUACUGCAUAGUCCACACUG